ACGUUAAAUCGCUGUUGACUACAGUCCAGUCCUGCCGAUGGGGAGUUUGGGACUACCGACUGCUUCCAGUCUCCUCGCCCAAGUAGAUGCUACCGUGAAGCUGGGCUCUUCAAAAUGGCAGCUAUGGUCAAGUUCCAGAAAGAUCUGAUAUCUUUUUAACCCAGUUGCGAAAUAUGGGGCGGUACCACUGCAGACCCAAAGGAGAAAAGGCCGUUUGCUCAGCUGGCCACAUGCUCCAGCACUUCGUGCUAAGCCGGACCGUGGCCACCUCGGCUACCCACAGCGAGAGCUAGCGCGCUCCUGGGUUCCGAGGUGAGGUGUCGGAAGGUGCAAACCACCGCGGUAAAUCGCACCUCCAGGUGGUUUCACCGACGCUAAGAAGCCCUUAUCGCUCCGAUCCGAUCGGAUAGGUGGGAAAACGGCGCUGGUCUGCACUUCUAAGUUCUGAGGUCCACUCUGCCUUGCGUCCACAGAGCUGCGGACCGUUUCAGCAGCCUACACACUCUCCUAGCAGGCGGCCAUGACAAGGCUCCCUUGGCGCGAAUUACAGGGGAGACCCAAGAAACACUUAAAAAAGAAAAAAAUUCCAUCUCAAAGAUCCGAAGUGGAGUUAUUAGGGUAGGGUUGUGCAGUAACGCGGAGACUCACUCGAGGAACUGGGGACUGAGGCGUCAACACCUGGACACAAGAGACAAAAGUUAGAGGGGUCCCACCAAGGGGGUCGCCAGCACGCUUUCUGCCCGAUUGGCGGAAGCGCUCAGACUUUUCUUUAUGGCGUCACCGAGUACCUGCCUGUAGGAAGGCUCCAGUUGCGUGACGUCACGCAGCACUGACCAAUGAGCGGCCCGAGCCGGUAGGCCCCGAGGAGGGUUGUGGGCCCUUCUUUUUGUGAAUGAAGCUCCACGGAACAUCCCUCCUGGGGGUCCCCGGGAGCCGCGGCCCGCUGAGCUCGGACGCCCCGGCAGCAGCGUCCCAGGGAGCGCGCGCUUUGCUCCAGCCACCGGCCAGCGCUGUGGGGCCCCCGGGUCGCGGGCGGCGGGAGACGCAGCGCGAGGACCCGGGCCGGGUUGCCGGGCCAUGGUCGCGGUCCCCUGACGGGCCGCGACCGCCUCCAUGAAGCGUAAGAGCGAGCGGCGCUCGGCUUGGGCCACCGCGCCCCCCUGCUCACGCCGCAGCUCGUCCUCCUCUCCCGGCGUGAAGAAGAGCCGCAGCUCCACGCCGCAGGAGCUGCACCGCCUGGAGCAGCAGGACGACCUGUACCUGGACAUCACGGAUCGCCUUUGUUUUGCCAUUCUCUACAGCAGACCAAAGAGUGCAGCAAACGAACAUUAUUUCAGCAUAGAUAACGAGCUAGAGUAUGAGAACUUCUAUGCGGAUUUUGGACCACUCAAUCUGGCCAUGGUUUACAGAUAUUGUUGCAAGAUAAAUAAGAAGCUCAAGUCCAUUACAAUGCUGAGGAAGAAAAUUAUCCAUUUUACUGGCACUGAUCAGAGAAAGCAAGCGAAUGCCGCCUUCCUUAUCGGGUGUUAUAUGGUUAUAUAUUUGGGGAGGACACCAGAAGACGCGUAUAGAACAUUAAUCUUCGGAGAUACAGCCUAUAUACCUUUCAGAGAUGCUGCCUAUGGAAGCUGCAGUUUCUAUAUUACACUUCUCGACUGUUUUCAUGCAGUAAAGAAGGCAAUGCAGUAUGGCUUCUUUAAUUUCAACUCAUUUAACCUUGACGAAUAUGAACACUAUGAAAAAGCAGAAAAUGGAGACUUCAACUGGAUAAUACCAGAGCGAUUUCUUGCCUUCUGUGGGCCCCAUUCAAGAUCCAGGCUGGAAAGUGGUUAUCACCAACAUUCUCCGGAGACUUAUAUUCCAUAUUUUAAGAAUCACAACGUAACUACCAUUAUUCGUCUGAAUAAAAGGAUGUAUGAUGCUAAGCGCUUUACGGAUGCUGGAUUCGAUCACCAUGAUCUUUUCUUUCCGGAUGGCAGCACCCCUGCCGAGUCAAUUGUCCAAGAAUUUCUGGAUAUUUGUGAAAAUGUCAAGGGUGCCAUUGCAGUGCAUUGCAAAGCUGGCCUUGGUCGAACAGGCACUCUGAUAGGCUGCUACCUCAUGAAGCAUUACAGGAUGACAGCAGCCGAGAGCAUUGCCUGGCUCAGAAUCUGUAGACCCGGCUCAGUAAUUGGGCCCCAGCAACAGUUUCUGGUCAUGAAACAAUCAAGCCUCUGGCUAGAAGGCGACUAUUUCCGUCAAAAGUUAAGAGGGCAGGAGAAUGGCCCCCUUAGAGAAGCCUUCUCCAAACACCUUUCGGAUGCUGAUGACCUGUCCAUAAAUGGGCUUGAGAAUCAAGACAAUCAAGAGCCUGAGCCGUAUAGUGAUGAUGAUGAAGUCAGUGGAAUGACACAAGGAGACAGACUUCGGGCCCUGAAAAGCCGGAGACAGCCGAAAGCCAGCGCUAUCCCCCUCACAGUAAUUCUUCAGUCCAGUGUUCAGAGCUGUAAAACCCCUGAACCUAACCUUUCUGGCAGUGCAGGCAUUACUAAACGAACCACCAGAUCUGCUUCGGGGAAAAGCAGUCUUAAAAGCCUGGCUCCGUGGAGGGAGAGGAGGAGAAGGAGCGCUUUGCAGCAAAUGCCCAUGCUGGCCUUAUGUCCAGCCAUUUCAAGGACUAAGACAGUCUUACGUUAAAGUAAAAAUACGGUGACCAGCACUCCAGGGAAGACUAGGAACAGAAAACCCAAAAAGGAUUUAGCCAAUCAAUCUGAGAACAAAGCAGACUCUGCAAUGGCCUUAGCUUCUUACCACAUAAGAAGUUCAUUCAAUGAAGAAAAUGUCACUGGCCUCUCAUCCACUCACUGACUCUGGGGUGUGGUUGAACCAUUUGAGGGCCUGACUCUCCCUUUUGUUAUCUCAAGUUGGACAAAAGCUGCUGUUGUGAAUUUAGUCUCAGGUGUCUAUACCCUGUCCUCUGCCACCAGAGAGGUGUCUGGUGAGUGUGGUGCAUGUGUGUGUGUCCCUGUGAUGGCAAUCAUGUUUGCUGCUGGCCUCCAGAAGAGUUGAGGAUCUGAUGGAGAUAUCUUAGGUAUUUAUUUUUUGUUCAACCUUGUGACCCUGACUCGCAGUUUAUAAAUAUGAAAGAGAUGAACAUCCCACCAGUGGUACCCUCCAUCUUCAGGUAUGAUUUGGUACAAUCAGCUUCACUUUCCUCUUGUUAAUCCUGUUGUGAUGUUCACUGUGUGAAGUACCCAAGCUGCUUGUUUUUCACCAAAGAGUGCUUUAUUAACAAUCUGUGAACACUGCAUUUAAACACUGUUGUAUGUUGUGGUUACUGAAAACCUGCUAGGAAAUGUUGAUUUCUCAAUCAACAUGUUGGAACCCUUUCUCAGUUAACUGGUUCCUACAAAUCCUUCCUUGUGUCAUUUUAGGAUGAAGAUUUCAGAGCUGGGAUGUUGUUGGGUUGCUCAGUCACGUUAUAAUUGUGUUUACUUCAUUACAUCAAAACCAAACAUCAACCCUAGCGUUUUCCUUUGGGAAAGCAUCCUAAAUAAUGGUGGCUUUAACAACAAACUUGUGAGCCUUGCUGUAGUGGCGCCCGCCUUUAAUCCCAGCAUUGGGAGGCAGAGGCAGGUGGAUCUCUGAGUUCAAGGCCAGCCAAUGAUACACAAGGAAAUCCUGUCUCAAAAACAAAACAAAGCAAAACAAAAAACCAAACCCAAAAUCCCAAAAUUGUUAACCCUUUGUAGAGUCUUUCUCUGUGACGCUGUGGAGUUUUUUCCUUGUGAUCCACAGUUUGAUGUUAGUGACAAUCACUUGCUUCUGCAGUUAGGCUGUUUGCGUCAGAGAACUCACUGUUGCCUUUGGUUAAGGACUAUGACCAGAAACUGGAGUGUGCCUUUUCUCUUCACCCUGCUGGCAGCCAGCAGCACCCGUGCCAUGAAGCAAUUGCAAAACCAGAAUUUAUCUGCUGCCACAAAAAAAAAAAAAAAAAGACAGAGCCCAUAAUUAGAAAAUACUUUAUAGUUGUCUUGGUUACUUCCACAAUUGAGGCUAAUGGUUUUUUUACUCUCCCAGUUUAGAAACUGGAGAAAUGCAAUAUUGAAAGCCAUUGACAGCCAAUGCCUUCCUAAGACAGAUGAAUGUGUCAAGUGAGCAGGCAAUCGCACUUGAAAAGCUGCCUUCCUUGUAGUUGGUAUUGACAGGUUAACGUCUAGUUAAUGUAAAAAAUAUUGAAAGACAAUAGGUCCCCCCUUUCAGUGUUUCUAUCCUCAAACUGCACUGGUUGGCCUUGGAUUGGAGGCAUGAGGAUUCAAUGUAAAUCCACACAAAGAGCCCCCCUACCUAGGCAGCACAUGACUUUCAAACAACGGAAAAAAAACAGUUAAGGUAAAGUUCGUUAUCCCUGGAUAUGAAUGAGUUUAAGAUCUAGGUAGGAGGACAAAUGUUUCAUUUACCAAUAAUGCUCAAUCAAACUGCCUAAGUCUAAAAUAGAACCUUCCCGGGUGGUUCUUCCUUCCUGGAACAAGCUAGGCCAGCCACUUAGGAGACAAAAGGAGACUCCAUUCCAUCUGAACUAAGCUAGAUUUCUUUUCAUGGAUCAGAAUGAGUUGAUCAGGGCCUGCCCACACUGGCUCAUGGUCUGCAAGUUUGGGAGGAAACCACCUGGGCUUCAGAGAUGACCACAGUGCUUUUUAAAAGGCACCUUUUUGUGUUUGCAGCUCCAUUCAGCUAGAAGUGCUGCCACUGUGGCUCUUCCCUGCAUUUAACUCCCUUGCUAAAGUUACUUAGGAAACGUGAGUUGGUGAGGACACAUUAAUUUCUAGGAAAAGCUACUUGAUGUUGUCUGGGCAGGACUGCAUAGCAACUGACCACCAGUGACAUCAGGACCCAGGAAGUCUUUGAUCAGACUAAUGGAAAGUCCUUCCUGUUGGGAAUUAGUGGACAACCUCUCCCCAAACUUACAACUACCCAGAAACUUCUGGGGUAGAAGACCCUGUAGCUAUAAAGCGUGACUCAGUAGAUAUGGGAUGGAGGGGCCCCUUUAACUUAAGAACUUUAAAUGCCUUUGUAAGUGCGUCACAUCCUCUUCCAGCAGAAUGGAAAUUAGAGAAGUAUAUUUAUAGGUGCCCUUGAUGCUUUUUGGGAACUCAUGCUAUCCAGAGUCCAAGAGAAGAAUGUCUGCAAAGCUGAGCAGAGGACUUAUAGACAGGUUGACUUAGUCAGGGUUUCUAUUCCUGCACAAACAUCAUGACCAAGAAGCAAGUUGGGGAGGAAAGGGUUUAUUCAGCUUACACUUCCACAUUGCUGUUCAUCACCAAAGGAAGUCAGGAUUGUAACUCAAGCAGGUCAGGAAGCAGGAGCUGAUGCAGAGGCCAUGGGGGGAUGUUCUUUACUGGCUUGCUUCCCCUGGCUUGUUCAGCUUGCUCUCUUAUAGAACCAAGACUACCAGCCCAGAUAUGGUCCCACCCACAAGGGGCCUUUCCCCCUUGAUCACUAAUUGAGAAAAUGCCUUACAGCUGGAUCUCCUGGAGGCAUUUCCUCAACUGAAGCUCCUUUCUCUGUGAUAACUCCAGCCUGUGUCAAGUUGACACAAAACUAGCCAGUACACAGAUUAAUACAAUUCUGAGGCCCAGCUAUAACUCUUGUCUUGAGGCAAGAAGGACGGACCCUGAGUAGUGCCACAAUCAAGGGUAGCAGUAUUUGUCAAAACUAACAUGGCCACAUGCUGCUCUUCCUCAUUAACUCCCCAGCUUUAAUUGACCCCCAAAUCCUAGCCCUAUCCAUUGCCCUGCCCUGCCCUCUGCCCCCCUGUCAGGGGUGGCUUCUACCUCUUGGCUUGGGCCCUGACAGGUCAUAGAGGCUUCCCAAGUGUUCUCAUGAGGCUCUUUGAGCCUAAUCAGGUCUGGUCGACCUUUCCAGCUUUCUGGGUAGUUUGUGCCUGGAAUUACUCAGGCCUUUGUUAGCUUGAAUAGCUGUCAGUGACAAGUGAGUAUGUGUUCUAGAAACAUCAGCUGUUUUUCCUCACAUAUAUUUUUUUUUAAGUUCUUACUUGCAUUUUGGAAAGCAGUUGGUCAGAAACCUUAAAACCUAUUUUUUUUUUUUAAGCUGGGCUAUUGUAGCAGGCGGAUCUCUUGUGAGUUCAAGACCUACCUGGUCUUCAAAGUGAGUUCCAGUAUAGUUAGAACUACACAGAGAAUCCCUGUCUCAAACAAAACAAAGCAAAACAAACAAACAAAAAAACAAGAUUUUAAGAUUUCUCUCCCACUGAAGUGACCUCCUGAGAAUAGCCACUGUUCUUGCAUUUCUUCAUAAAUCUGAGUGUUCCCCUUCUCACUGAGUGGAAAUACUACAGAUCCGUUUAAAAGAUUGCCUAUACUGUGUAAGAAAUUACCUCCUGGAUGAUCCAGUAGAACUCACUGUGGAUAGACACGUCUGUCAGAUUACAGUACUGCAGUUUUACAUCCAUUGUUUGAAGACUUUAUUGUACACUCAUGUGCAGAUGAAGUGAAGUUUUAAAAUGUUACUGACGAGUCAGCAUUUGAUCAAUCAUUGUCUUGAUAUUUUAUUAAAUUGUAUAUUUCUAAUAAUAUUUUUUAAAGUUGAGAGAACGGGUUGGAUGUUUAUUCUCCUGAAGGUAUUUUUAAGAUAAAGCUUCACCAUAGCCUGUAAACUUGGCACAUAAGUAGUUUUUGAUACUUUUUGUUGCAUUUGAAAAAUCUUGUGUAUUGUAAAAUGGUUUUAUACAAAAUACUAAAUAGUAGAAAUUGUAUAAUUUACAAUCGUAUAAUUAAAAAUAUUAA